UAUCCAAGUCAUUCCUCCAGAACUCACCGAAAGCCCUCGGUUGUAUAUAUACUUAUCGUGUUCCUUUUGAUCGCGCUACACAUGUCGCACACACUAGGAUAGCUUUGCCUGCCUCUGCUUCGUCUUCCUCCCUUCUCUGACUCCGCCGGACUCUGCUCGACCUUUUUCCCAUCCAUGGUGCAGCUUUUGCUGGCGCUCGCGCUCGCGAUUCUUCUCGUCGGAGUACCGGUGGCGGAUGCGGCGACGGCGAAAUACACGUUCACAGUGGGGAGCAUGCAAAUCAAUCAGCUAUGCAGCAGCACCAGCAUUAUUGCGGUGAAUGGGCAGCUGCCGGGCCCGUCGAUAGAAGUGAACGAAGGUGAUGAUGUCGUCGUCAAAGUCGUCAACAAUUCACCAUACAAUAUAACCAUCCACUGGCAUGGUGUGCUCCAGCUCAUGACGCCGUGGGCGGACGGGCCGAGCAUGGUGACGCAGUGCCCCAUCCAGCCCAGCAGCUCCUACACGUACCGGUUCAGCGUCCCGGGGCAGGAGGGCACGCUGUGGUGGCACGCCCACUCCUCCUUCCUCCGCGCCACGGUGUACGGCGCCUUCAUCAUCCGGCCCAGGCGCGGCAACGCCUACCCCUUCCCGGCGCCGGACAAGGAGGUCCCCAUCGUGCUCGGCGAGUGGUGGAACCGCAAUGUGGUCGACGUCGAGAGCGACGCCAUCUUGGCCGGUCAGCUUCCCACCCAGUCCGACGCGUUCACAGUUAACGGCAAAACCGGCCUGCUGUACCAGUGCGCAAAUGAGACGUUCACGGCGGUGGUGGAGCCCAACACGAGGGUGCUGCUCCGGGUCAUCAACGCCGGCCUCAACUCGCACCUCUUCUUCAAGGUGGCCGGCCACAACUUCACCGUCGUCGCCGUGGACGCCGGCUACACCGCCAACCUGAACACGGACACGCUCGUGCUCGCGCCUGGCCAGACCGUGGACGCGCUGGUGACCACCAACGCCGCGCCCGGGAGCUACUACAUGGCGGUGCUGGCGCACGACACCAUGAGCCCGCUGACGUUCGCCGCGUCGGACACAACCACGGCCACCGCCAUCUUCCAGUACAACGGCACGUCCACCAACCCGCCCGCGAUGCCCACCAUGCCGUCCAGCUCCGACGCCGGGACGGCCAACGCCUUCUACUUUGGGCUGAGGGGCCUGGGCACGCCCGCGGUGCCGUCGCCGGUGGACGUGAGCAUGACCAUCGAGCUAGGGCUCGGCCAGCUGCCCUGCGACCCGUCGCAGACGAGGUGCAACGGGACCGCCGCCGCCGCGGCGAUGAACGGCGUCUCGUUCCGCCUCCCGUCCCCCGAGACGUCUCUCCUGGGGGCGCACGUGGACGGCGUGACGGGGGUCUUCACGGCAGACUUCCCGGACGGCCCGCCGCCAAGCGGCACGGCGAUGUCGGUGGGGACCAAGUUGAAGAAGCUCAGCUACAACUCGGUGGUGGAGAUCGUGCUGCAGAACCCGGCGGCCGUCCCGACGGAGAACCACCCGAUCCACCUCCACGGCUUCAACUUCUUCGUGCUGGCGCAGGGGAUGGGCAGCUUCACGCCGGGCAGCGUGGCCUACAACCUCGUGGACCCGGUGGCCCGCAACACCAUCGCCGUGCCCGGCGGUGGCUGGGCCGUCAUCCGGUUCGUCGCCAACAAUCCAGGGAUGUGGUUCUUUCACUGCCACCUGGACCCGCACGUGCCCAUGGGCCUGGGCAUGGUGUUCCAGGUGGAGAGCGGGACGACGCCCGGCUCGACGCUCCCUACGCCGCCGGGGGAUUGGGUGGGAGUAUGCGACGCGCAGCACUACGCGGCCGCGGCGGCGGUAGCGGCAGCGCCGGUGCCAGUCCCUGCCCCGGCCCAAGCCCCAACACUAGCGCCGGCACCAGCAGAAUCGCCACGGACGGCGGGAUCGCCGCGGCAAUCUCCGCGCGCGGUGGACCACAAACCGUCGCCCAACCUUCCUCAGCACAAGGAGCACACGGGUACCUCCGGCUCCUCCAAUUCCGCUGCAGGACCUGGACGGAGAUCAACCGGGAACCUCGCUUGUUUCUUGUGUUAUGUUCUUCUUCUCUUUGUUCUUCAUGAACACAUGGCCUAGUUCAUGUGAAGCUUAGGCGUGAUAGUGAUACCCACUCAAAAUAUACAGUUUUGUUCGUUCGUGUAAGUAAAUGUGAUAAUUGUUUUUCGUUUUUCAUUUUUUAUACAUGUGUAUAUGGAUUUAUAUCCUGAUGUAAUUGUGUGACCUUUUCCUUCACCUCCAUAGGGGAAGUUGUGCAUAGCAAAGUUCAGGCUUCAGAUUGAUUGACUGUGUAUUCCUGACACAAGCAUAAACGUACUGAAGUUUACGAUUACA